UCUAGAAGGUGCACCUUUCUACGGGGAGCAUACAGGUCCAAGCUAUGGCAGUAGCUAUACACCCUGAGAAACAGCAGUCCGCGAUGUGAAUGAACAUUUAGAGUGCGGGUGUACCCUUGAGAUCGCUCCGGUGGGACAAAUUACCUAAUUGGGAAGGCUUUCCGCCGGAGACCUCUGCGGGGUCCAGGUAUAAGAACGAGGCGUCCCCGGACAUAACAUACUCCACAACUGAUAAACACAAUCUCAUCAAAAGUAUUCCGUCAUGGCACACAAAAUCACGAUGACCCUGCCCCAAUUGGCGAAGAUGAUCGACCACUCUCUCCUCCACCCCACCAUGACCGACGCCGACAUCAUAGCCGGCCUCAAGAUUGCCCGCGACAAUCACGUCGCAACCGCCUGUGUCAAACCCUACGCCAUCCCCUUAGCCAAGAAAGAGCUUGCCGGAUCAGACGUUCUGGUCUGUCCGGUCAUCGGAUUCCCCCACGGCAACAGUACCACCGAGAUCAAGGUCCUCGAAGCCACCGCUGCAGCCAAGGCUGGCGGAGCCGAGAUCGACAUGGUAGUCAAUGUCGGCAAGGUCCUCGGGGAGGAAUGGGACUAUGUGGCGGAGGAAAUUCGCCAGAUCAAUGAGGCUGUGGUUUCCAACGGGGCUGUUUUGAAGGUCAUCUUCGAGAAUGAUUACUUACGACCUGAGCAUAUUGCUCGUCUCUGUGAGAUUUGUACUCAGAUUGGAGUUGCCUUUGUGAAGACAUCGACCGGAUAUGGGUUUGUCAAGCAGCCUGAUGGCGCGUAUAAUUACAGGGGUGCCACCGUGCAAACUCUCAAGUUGAUGCGGGAGAAAUCGGGCGAAAAGGUGCAGAUUAAAGCUGCGGGAGGAGUUCGUACAUUGGAUGAUCUGCUGCAUGUUAUGAGUUUGGGUGUUACUCGCAUUGGAGCCACGGCUACUGUCGCAAUUUUGGAGGAUGCCAGGAAGCGUGGGGUUGGGAAUGAGCCUGUCGAGGUGGAGUUCAAGCCGAUGGCGGAGGCAUCUGGGGGAUACUGAUUGCAUUAGCAUGUUUAUACCCAUCUUACAUAUUUGACCAAUGUAAAUCCCCCGUCUCUCCUUCUCUUA